CGCACGUCAAUGCCGCCUCCACCCGCCUAACCACAGUCGCAUGGUGUGUGUAAUGAUUCAAAUAAUAAAAUUAAAAAAACAAGAUUCGCUAAUUUCUGUUUCCGUGUAUUAAAUUUGAAAUUAAAUUUUUAAGGAGUGUUUAAUAGUUUGGACUGUAAUGGACAAAUUCAACUUGUUUAAGAAAGUAAAUUGUCAAGAGGGCGGUGGAUUUUUACGAAGAGCAAAUGAAUUUAGUUUACAUGAAAUAUUCAACAGAUAUGCCACUGUGGACAAAAAUGGCGAGAAGUUUAUGACCGCCGAAGAUUUCGUUAUAAAAUAUUUAAAACUCUUGGACGAUCAAAACUACAACAAGGAUACAGUAAAGUUGUUGGCAGCAAUCGUUGAUACCAGCAAAGAUGGACUCAUUUCUUAUCCAGAAUUUCAAGCAUUCGAGGGGCUCCUCUGUUUCCCGGAUGCUCUGUAUAAAACAGCUUUUCAAUUAUUCGAUACUAAUGGAAAUGGCAUGGUUAGUUUCAGUGAAUUCGUUGAGGUAAUGAAGAAAACUGAACUACACAAGAAGAUUCCUUUCAACAUGGAUUCACCGUUUAUCCAGCUGUAUUUUGGUAAAGACAAGAGCCGCGUAGUAUCCUACAACGAAUUUUCGCAGUUUCUUCACGACUUCCAUGAAGAGUACGCCAUCGAAGGUUUUAGAAGGGCAGAUACAAAUGGCAGUGGGUUUAUUUCCCUCUCGGCCUUCCAAGAAAUCAUGACCAGUAUAAAAAGUCAUCUACUAACCAAACAAGUUCAGUCGCAUCUAAUCGAGGCAGCGACACAAUCACAGGGAGGCAGCCGCGUAAGUUUUCCAUAUUUUAUUGCAUUUAACUCCUUAUUAAAUAAUAUGGAAUUGGUCAAACGUAUUUAUCUUAAUGUCACCAACGGUCAUAGAACACAAGAAGUCAGCAAGGAGGAAUUCAUGCAUUCAGCCCAGGCUAUGUCACAAAUGACGCCUUUGGAAGUCGACAUCUUGUUCCAAUUGUGUGACGUUCUUCAUCAAACAGGGAGAAUCGUGUAUAAUGAUUUGUACGCUAUCGCACCUGAGCAAUACUUUAAGCAAAUUACGAAUCGAUUAGCCGAAAUCCACGCUGUUUCGAGCCCGGAAGAUAGAGGAGUUGUUAUUCAAAUUUUAGAAAGUACUUACAGAUUUGCAUUGGGUUCGAUUGCUGGUGCCGUUGGUGCCACUGCAGUAUAUCCCAUAGAUUUGGUUAAAACACGUAUGCAAAAUCAGAGGGCAGGCUCCUUUAUUGGAGAAUUGAUGUACCGAAAUAGUUUUGAUUGCUUCAAAAAGGUUAUUAGACACGAAGGUGUAUUUGGGUUGUACAGGGGAUUGGUACCUCAACUAUUGGGUGUGGCUCCCGAAAAAGCCAUUAAAUUGACGGUAAACGAUUUGGUCAGGGACAAACUUAUGGACAAAAAUGGUAAUAUUCCAUUAUGGAGUGAAGUACUUGCUGGUUGUUGUGCCGGUGGUUCUCAAGUGGUAUUUACCAAUCCUCUGGAAAUAGUGAAAAUCAGACUUCAAGUUGCUGGUGAAAUUGCUGGAGGUGCAAAAGUACGGGCCUGGACGGUAGUUAAAGACUUAGGUUUUCUAGGAUUGUACAAAGGUGCAAGGGCUUGUUUCCUUCGUGAUAUACCUUUCAGCGGUAUCUACUUCCCAGUCUACGCACACACUAAGGCUAAAUUUGCUGACGAGAAUGGAUACAAUAGUCCAUUGACACUUCUCUCGGCUGGUAUGGUAGCUGGUAUGCCUGCAGCAGCAUUAGUAACUCCUGCUGAUGUAAUUAAAACUAGGCUUCAAGUCGUUGCGAGAUCGGGACAAACGACCUACAAUGGGUUAUUGGAUGCGGCUAGAAAGAUAUUUAAGGAGGAAGGAUUUAGUGCGUUCUGGAAAGGAACUACAGCUCGUGUCAUGAGGUCUUCCCCACAAUUUGGUGUUACCCUAGUUACAUAUGAAUUGCUCCAGAGAUAUCUCUAUGUCGACUUUGGAGGAACUCGCCCAUCGGGAUCCGAACUAAAACAGAUAUCAACGAUAGGAGAUACAAAGAAACCUGCCAAUCCAGAUCACGUCGGUGGAUACUCAGUAUCACUUCCAAUUUUCUCAGGAAUCGAAAGCAAAUUCGGACUUUGCUUACCCAAAUUUUCGGUACCACAAAAAUCCUAAAGAAAUAUUUUGUUAGUCCCGAAAUAGGUUUUUAAAUCAAAUCUUUUUGUUGUUAUUGCCGCUUCAACCGUGUUAGUUCGCUUGUUUCCUAAUCAAAAAACAGAUUACAACAUUUUUAUAGUAUAUUUUUAUAUAUCGGUAACAGAAAUAUUGCGGUUAAGAGAUUGCAAAUUAAAAUAAGAAAAGUCGUUUUAAUUAUGCAUAAGGGUACUACUAUUAAUUUUAUCGUUGCUUCAUUCAUUCUUUGUUUUUUUUUCAACCGAAAAUAUUUACAAUUAUACAUUGCUUCAAGAAAUAAGUCAUCAGCUGUCAAUACUGUCGAAUAAAACUAUAAGCAACCUUUACAUCCAUGUACGUGAUUUUUAAUUAUCUGGAAAUUUAUCUUAUUUAUACUUUACAUUCAAAAUGAAUUCCUAAAUAAAAUGUGUGAAACAAAAUUUUAAAAAUAUGCAUUACUAAAUUAAAAAAUCGAAUUAUCUUCAACUAAAUGGAGUAAUACUUACUUAAAUAUAGUAAAAUUGAAAAUAAUUUCUAAUAGAACAAAGUAUAAAUUGAAUUGUGCUAAUGAAAUUUUCGAUUUUACAAUAUAUUUAAUAUUGUUCAAUGUUUCAUUAAGAAUAUCUAUUUUGAGUGAGGUUACUUGCAUAUGUUUUUAACUGCCUACCUGAUUCACAGUAUUUGUUCUAUUUUUGGAGUAUUUAUGAAUAUAGACAUUUGGCAGUGGUUAUUAUAAUAGUGUAAUCUUCCUGGAGAACUUUCAUCAGUUCAAUUAUAUUAGGACGUGUUUUUUAGAUGCGUCUGUUUAGUCUGAUCUGUUAUCAUUCUACAUAAUUUGUAGUUCGGCGACGUUUUCAAUGACAAUUAUUUAAUUAUUUAAUGCGAAUUACCAAUCCGCUGGUAAAUACAAUGAUCAUUGAAUUUAACAAUGGCUUCAUCGGUCCGGGAAUUCUCCUUUGCGUAAAGCCAAGUAUCUUUAACUUUGUCUUUUGGCAGAUGAUCUAAGCAGAAAGAACUCAUUCUGUCUUUUUAUUUCCUUGUUUUCCUUGUACAACUUUAGAAGGCUUAAAUAUUGUACUUUACGCCAAAUAGCUUAGGUAUUAUGAAAACUGCAUACUUUGAUAACUUGUAGCUGAAGAAAUUUCUUCUAUAUUAAUAAUUGACGCAACUUUAAAAUGUAUAAUAUAUUUUUUAUAAGAAAUUAUUUACUUGGUUUUCCAAUAAGGAGAAAUAUCUUUUGCUCGUCUUUUUUGUCAGGACGUAUCAGGUUCUUCCGUGCUACCAAUGUUAACUUGAAUUGUGUAUAAUUGACAAAACCGUGAACUGGAGCGUUUGAAAAUCCCAACGAAUAGGAAGCAGAUCCUCCAAUUCUAUUUUUCAAGCCAUCGUGCCAUUGUAAAUUUUUUUAUUUAAUUUAAAAAUUAAUUAUAUUUUGAGUAUAAAUGCCGAAAUGUAGAAUAAAACGUACAUAUUUAUUGUAUACCUUUUGAAUUUUUUUUAUAUAUGUUUUUUGAACACUUGAGAUAAAAAGGAAAACUUUAUUUUAAAUAUGUUUGCAAUGCAUGUUUGAAAAUGUUUCAGCGCUAAAGAUAAAAUGGUUCAAAUAUUUUUCUUUGCUGGAUGCUUGCAGGAUGGAUGCUGCUGAUUACAGGAUAAAAACUAUUUUUAGCCGUGGGUAAAUUCAAAUAAAAUCGAAUUUUAUCAAUAUUGUUUGAGGUUUGUAGAACUGUGUGGGUGUUUGCCUUACCAGAUUCUUCUCUACAUACCAACAUUGUUUUCUAAACUUCUCUGGUGCUAGAGGCAAAUACAUGUAUUUAUCAUUCCUUUUGUAAUAUUAACAAAAAAAUAUCACAUGAAUAAUGAAUAAAGACUAUGAAUAAUGUAACAAGCGAUAAUUUUCUUAUAAGAAAUUUGAAAUUUCUUACCGGGUAGAGCAUUAUUAUCUUGAAGCAGUCUAUAUUUAUAUUGAUUAAAAUACGAUUUAAAUUUGUUAUAAAGAAUAACUGCCAUUAGUUGAUCUUAAGAUUUUUCUAAAUAAGCGAAACAAGCGAAUUUUAUAACAAAUGUGAAAUAUUUUAUUGUACAUAGGAAUUAGGAUAGGAAUAUAUUUUUUUGUGUC